UUGGUGACUGCGGACCGGAAGCUGCGCUGUUAGCCUGUUAGCUUCACAGCUCAGAGGAGGAAGGAGCUGCGGAACUUCUGUCUCUUCUCAUAUUUCAUCAUUAAUGUCCCUCCAGCCUGCGGGGAGCGGAGAUGUGACGGCAGGAAGACCCAGCACCUGAACGGCCAGCCUGUCAGCCCGUUAGCCUGUCAGCCCGUUAGCCUGUUAGCCUGUUAGCCCGUUAGCCUGUUAGCCUGUUAGCCUGUCAGCCCGUUAGCCUGUCAGCCCGUUAGCCUGUUAGCCUGUUAGCCCGUUAGCCUGUUAGCCUGUCAGCCCGUUAGCCUGUUAGCCUGUUAGCUUGGGGAAAGUCGACGGGAGAAGUUUGGGAGUUUGAGCGGUGAGUCACGGCGGGCUAGCAGCUCCAGGCUAACCCCAGCACACUGAACCAUGUCCGGGUCCGACUUCAGGACCGACUUCCUCUACCACCUGCCCGCCGCCGUCAUGUGCGAGUUCUGCCGGGUGAUGGACGGACUGACGGACCGGGACUGGAGCCGCUUCGCCUCCGAGGUCCUCACUGACCAGACUGACGUGCGAUUGGCUGAGAGGAGGGAGAGGCGGACCGACUGGGUGAUGAACCAAUGGCAGAGCAGGAACGGGCGUGUGGGCGAGCUGCUCGACCUGCUGGAGCGUCUGCAGCUGCUGCGACCGCGAGACCUCAUCCUGAGCUGCAGCUCCAGUGCGAAGCCUUCCUCCUCUCCUCCUCCUCUUCCUCCCCCAUCCCUCCCCCCUCCUGUCUCUCUCUCUUUGUUUGACCCUCCUCCCAAACCCAGUGACACCCCCACACUGCCCAGCAACAACGGAGGAGGAGGAGGAGGAGAGGGAGGAGUCAGGCCCCUCCCCAAACCAGGACCGCCCCCCUCCAGCCUGCACACGAGAAAUCACCACCAGGCUCCUGUGGUUUCCGGCGGGGUGAUGUGCUGGUCCUAUGAAGAGGUGCAUGCUGGGACGGAGGGUUUCUCCCCCACCCUGCAGGUGGGGCAGGGGGGGUUUGGCGUGGUGUACCGAGCCCGCAUCAGGAACACGCCGCUCGCCGUCAAGAGGCUCAAACAGGACUCUCCGUUAGACUGGACGCUGGUGAGGCAGAGCUUCAGGACAGAGGUUGAAAAACUCUCACAGUUCAGGCAUCCCAACAUUGUGGAGUUGUUGGGUUUCUGUGAGUCAGCAGGAUGUUUCUGCAUCAUCUACAACUUCAUGGAGAACAGAUCACUGGAGGACCAGCUGCACGCGGUGGACAGCACCCUCUCCUGGCAGCAGAGGGUGGGCGUGGUCGAAGGAGCGAGCCGAGCGCUACAGUUCCUGCACGCCCCCCCCCAGAACCAGCCCCCCCUGAUCCACGGAGACGUCAAGAGCUCCAACAUCCUGCUGGACCGCCACCUGGAGGCCAAGCUGGCAGAUUUCGGUCUGGCUCGGGUCGGCCGCCCGUCCUCCGGCCGCUCCGCCACCCGGACGGCGUCCGUCGGCAGGACGGCCACGGUGAGAGGGACGCUGGCCUACCUGCCCGACGAAUACGUCGACAACGGAGAGCUGGGACCCGCCGUCGACGUCUACAGCUUUGGAGUGGUCUUGUUGGAGGUGCUGACUGGUCGCCGAGCCCUGGAGAUAGAGAAGUCAUCCAAAGCCAUAUACCUGAAGGACCUGGUAUUGGAGCAGGACGACGCUGAUCCGGACUGGAGGAGCCACCUGGACUGCAGGCUGAACCCAGGUGGCGCUGCAGAGCCUGCAGGCUGCAUGGAUCUGGCUGCUCUGGCCUGCAGGUGUCUGAACAAGAGGAGGAAGAAGAGACCUGCCAUGACUGAGGUGUUUGACAAGCUGCAGGACAUCCACAACGUCUUGAAGAAAACCUCCAGCUGCUCCAGCACCUCCUUCUCUCCUCCCCUUCCUCCUCCUCCUCUUCAUCACCCCCCCCAGAGGUUCCCCAGACCCCCCCCGUCACUGCAGUCCAGCGUGGAGGCUCUGUCUCGGCAGAUGUCCCGACUGGGACCUCUGGAGGAUACCUACCAGCCCCUUCCCUCCUCCCUCUCCUCCUCCCCCUCCUUCAUUCCUCCUCACCCGCUCCACUCCUCCUCCUCCCUCCCCCCCACCUCCUCCUCCCUCACUUCCCCUGCAUCCUCCUGUUCUCUGUCAUUCGUCGGUCCGUGUGAGAGUGAUGAGAGUCAGGGUUUCUCCCAGUACUGCAGCCCCUCCCAGCCCUGUGGAGCCUCUGGGAAACAGUUCCCCUCUCCCAGUCAGGCCAACGGGACCAGUCCCAGCUCUGCAUCUCCACCCAGCUCACACCAGUUCACCCAGCACGCCCCCCCUCAGCCCGCAGAGGCCCAGUGCGGCUUCCCUCCCCGAGACACUGACAGGAGAAUGGCACCCUCUGUGUCUGCUGGGAGCCUCACAGGGGCCCCAGUGGGACCAGCAAGGGCCCAUGGGGUAAUACAGGGGCCAGACACAGGGGGGCGGAGCCGAGCAGAGCCCGGAGCUGAGGGAAACCCCAUGACCCAAACUGGGAACCACCACAGGAGCCACCAAGGGACCUUCCAGGGUUCCUGUCUUGGACCCGGCUCCUGCCCUGCUGCCCACCAAGGGGCCCACCCAGUAGACCACCCCGGGGCCCCCCCAGGGGCCAGGCAGGGGACAGGCGGGACUCCAGGAGCCUAUGAUGUCCCAGAAGACCCCUCGCCUGCAGGGUCACUGCGGUCCUCGUCACCAGGACCCCCAGUCCAGAUGAAUCCCUGUAAGCAGCGAUUCCUGAUGAAGAAGACUCUGUAUGAGGAAGGCAGGAUCCAAACCCCUGAGCUGCUCUCCUCUGACGACCUCUAUGCAGAGAGCAGAGGACCAGAGGAGAGCGACGAGCUGGACUUCCUGCCUGCUCAGAUCACACCUGACUGACUGAUCCACCUGCUGCUUCAGCCAAACCUUCAUCAUUUACAUCUCCGCCCUGGUUCCUCUGCAGGUUCCACAGUGUUCCUCUCCUUCACGUUCCUCUGCUCUCCUCCCAGAGCGAGCAGUGGGCUUUCAGAGCUGCCACAUCACUCCUCCUCCCUUUCCUCCAUUCAUUCCACUACGAUAUGAACAUGAACUUUCAGAGCCUUCACACUUUCUUCACUCCAGUUUUCCAUCAGUGGAGUAAAGUCCUCAGAGUCUCUGGGACGGAGCUUUAAAUCUUUAAGAUCCACAACAUUUCAGUCAGUUCUCAUGUUUGGAUCACAGCUGUCUGUCACAGAAACACCCCCACUACACUAGAACCCACUUUCACCACCUCACAGUUACAAACUUCAUUAUGAUACCACACACACACACACACACACACACAGACACAUACCCACACACACACACACACAGACACAGACACAUACCCACACACACGUAAUCCCAGACAGUCGCUGUGUUUCAUGAUCAUAUCGGUACGCAAUAUGUGAAUGAUAUUCAUUCAUUUCUAUAUGUGAUAUUAAUAACAUUUUGUUACUUGUCAGUGCCUUUAUACAGUUAUAAAAUACAGUAUUUAAACAUGUG